UUAGUAUUUCUAUUUACGAUAACUUCUGGAGUUGAUGACAAUCAAAAUUUGAGUCUGUGAAGUUCGAUAUUCGAAGUUUCCAGUCAAAAUGGCGAGCAUUUUGCAAACUGUCAAAAGUUGCGUUUGGAAGAAACCAGUGUCAGAGCAGGUGGAGGUGGUGACCAAUGCUAAUGAUCUGAAGGAAGAUUCAGAUCAGUCUAAACAAGAAGUAGUUCACAACGAUGUCAAAGAAAAUGAGGCACCAAACUAUGAUGUGGACAAAAAGACUGAUGAGAUGUCAGAUCCAAAGGCUCAAGGAAAUUUGAUCUGGAGAAUGUCCUCGGGCAUAUACAGCACAGCUACAGGCGCAGUAGGCAUGGGAAUUGGGGGUGCCAAAUGGGUCGCCAACAAGGGUUACGAUGUGGGAUCCUCAGCAGCAAGUUAUGUCAAGGUUCCAAAGAUGUCAACAUUUAAGAAAAAAGAUAAAAAGGAAUGACAGUCCAAAGUUUUUCUCUGAGUUGUGUUCAAACUUUGUAUACGAUGUGUUUGUAUACGACACCAUAACUCUUCAUUCAGGUUUUUGUUAUUGUUCCUUCGACAGGCAACAAUUCAAUUUUGUGUAAUUUUGAUUUAAGCUCAGAUUUGUGAAAUUUGCAUGUGAUGUCUUCUUACUGUUUUAAAAAAAAAUGUUACUACUGGUGAUUUCAAAUAAUUCACAGAAAAAUACAAGUACAUGUAGAAAUAAUGCUAUAUGAUAGCAAGAUGAAAUAGGUGUAGAAAUGAUGGCAAUAUUAUCUGGUUUACAUAACAAGUACUAGUUUUAUAUGUAGUUUCAUGUGCAAUAUGUAUGCAGUAGCAUGUAUCUUCAGAUUUUUUGCAAUGUCAGCAGAACCUGACUUUGUUCUGACAUUCAAUAUUGAGAUCAUUUUGAGGUUUUCCGACAUUCAUGACAUCAGUUCUACAUAUAUAACCAGAAUGAACAUUCACAUGUCCUUGAUAUUGACAGUAAAUAACUGUAAUUUGUGGAUCUUUUAAGCUGCAGAGCUACAUUCAUUUAACCACAGAAAGAAUCCCAAAAACAUCAAAUUGAUACUGACAUAACCUCUGAUAUGUAAUUUUAUGUGAAGUGGUUAUCAGCCACAUAUUUUUCAUAGGGUGUCUUAUAAAGUUAUAGGGACUAUAACAACCUCAAUGAAGGGUACAGGCUAACUUGUGGCAACAUCAUUAGAGGGCACAGGCUAACUUGUGGCAACAUCAUUGGAGGGCACAGGCUAAUUUGUGGCAACAUCAUUGGAGGGCACAGGCUAACUUGUAGCAACCUCAGUGGAGGGUACAGGCUAACUUGUGGCAAACUCAGUGGAGGGAACAGGCUAACUUGCAGCAACAGCAAUGAAGGGUACAGGCUAACUUGUAGCAACCUCAAGAAAUAAGAAAUAUGACAGAUUUAUUCUAGAAAUAUAAUGUUGACUCUUGCUAUAUGAAUGGAUCAUUCUGCCAUACUCCAAAAAAAAGUUUCAGUUGCUUUCUGUUAAUUGCAUGAAAUAUAUAUCAUGAUAAUUGUAGUGUUUCCUAGCUACUAUGCCAAAAUGCUUGUCAACAAAAUGAAUUAUACAGUCCAAGGGGAAGUGCAGUAUUUAUUCAAGCCUCACAGAUUGAUGAAUAUCUGAUUUGUCUGUUUGACUAUAUAUAUUUUAAUAACAUGUAUGCAUUAUUUUUAUAAAACGGACAUUGAAGCAAUAUGAUUUUUCAUAUUUUGUAAUGUUAUGUCAUAGUCUAGUUAACAAUAUGUACUAGCCAUAUCCUGAAUUAGGAUAGGGUGGCCAGAUGGCACAGUGGUAACGCACUCACCUUUCACCUAGCCGUCCAGAGUUCGAUUCCCGGAAAGGGUGUGAAAAGGUAUUGGGUUUCCUGCCUGACCAUGUGGGUUUUCCCCGGGUACUCUGGUUUCCUCCCACAGUAAGACUUUUCGCACGCUUUCAUCCAACAGUAGGUUUUGCUUGAAAAUCAUUUAUUUGACUAAUGGUGUAUGCACUCCUCUUCAAUAUACAUGAGAAAUUUCAGAUUAAUUUCAGCCAUAAUAUAUGUGUAAUAGUUUUGAACUUGUAUCAAUAUUUACUUCCUGAAAAAUGAAAACCAGCUGACACGCGCACACGACUCCACUCUUGCAAAUCACUACAGAAAUGAUACAUGUUUUAUAGUGUGAUCUUCUUGAAUUCUGUUGACAUGAUAACCAAAGAUAUGUUUCCUGUCUCAAUUUUGACACAACAGCUCAAUUAAUGCAUAAUAUUACGUAAAGAUUCUGAUUUCUAUUCCUCAGAAAUGAUUACCAGGUGUCAAAAAUCUUUUUAAUUUACAUAUAAAAAUUUCAUGUUAAUGAUUUGUUCAUGAUUUAUGCUAAAUACCACACUACCGAGUCUGAGUGUAUAAUUCUGGGACCAUGAGUUUUAUGAGGCUCUGUUUGUUGACCAAUAUAAUCAUUUAGUUUUGGUUGAUUUCCUCAUACAUUUUUACAUUGAAAUUUAUGAAUUUUCAUCAGAAGAACAAGAAAAUGCUUGUUAAUUUAUAUUUACAUUUUUCAUAAAAUUAUCAUUUACUUACUCAUGACUUUAAAAGGAUGUGUUCUUACAGAAUUUCAUUUAACAGAUUGGAAAAUAUUAAUAUUUGCUACAAAGAAGUGGGUGGAGACAUUUUAAUGCAACCUUAUCCUCUACACAGUCUUAUUUAUCAAAUAAAAAUAAAUAGGAAUAAACAAUUGACUUUCAGUUUUCAAUAGGAUAGUGAAGAUAAAACAUGGCUAUUAUUGUCAUUGGACUAGUUGUUGGAAAUUAUUAAUCAUGUCAUAAUGCUAACAUAUAAUGAUAUUGCAUUAUAGUUUACCCAUUAAUAAUAUACCUACAUACACAACUAUUGUUUACAUAACAGAAUAAUUGAAGAUUCUGAAUGAACUACUGCAUCCUACCUGUUAAUAUAACCACAUAAUGUUCAAUCUAGUAGGGGCCUAUAUUCACCUUGUUAUUAUAUAUGCUAUCAAUUAUGUGUUGAUCGAAGUCCGUAGAGAAAAUAUGCUAUUGAACUCUGGCUUCUGGUGCUUAAUGUGUUUUACUGGUAAGAUUUAUUGUUGAGUGUGACAUCGAAUGCCUGAAACAAUGUAUAAUGAAGCAAUGCCUUGUAUGUAUGAGAUCGCAUUCGAAUGUACAAUACAUGUAGUCAUUGUAUGCUGUUGUAUUGUCCAGUAAUAAGCAUACCUUUUGACUUGGAGUUGGUACCUAGAGCAUAUUGCAGUGUAUUAAACAAAGUAUAUUAACUACUCACAUCCUUGUAUUUACAAUACCUGUAUAUGUCAUGAUUGUAAUUAUAUAUAUAAUCUAGACCUUGUAAGAAAGAAUAGUCAGGAAACCAUGUUUACUGGUGGCAGGUAAAUAGUAAUCUGAUCAACACCCAUGUAUAAAUUGUCUGUAUUUUGGAGGGACCCUCAAGUGUACCUCAAUUGGGCCUUCGGAUGUACCUGUAGGAGACCUUUUAAGUUUUCCUCAAGGAGAUCUGCAGGUGCAUAUCUAGGGGCCCUUAGGAGUACCUCUCAGGAAUCCUCAAGUAUGUCUUUAGGGGCCCUCCAGCAGACAUCGAGGGGGUCCUGAAAUGUUCCCUCGUGGGGGCCAUCAGAUAUACCUCUUGGGGUCCCCAGGUCUACCUUCAGGGGGCUGUCAGGUGUACCUCUUUGGUGAGGGGUUCCUCAAUGUACUUCUUGAGGGCCCUCAAUUAUAUAUACAGGUCCUCGGGUGUACCUUGAGGGAUCCUUCAAAUAUAUCUAUUCCUGCUUUUAAGUGAACCUCUAGAGGGUCCUUAAAUGUACCUCUAAGGAACCCUUAAAUGUACCUUUAGGGGUCUUCAGGUAAACCUCUAGGUAGGGGACCCUCAAGGGUACAUCGAGGGGUUCAUCAGGUGUAUUCAUAGGGGUCAUCAAGUGUAUCUCUGGGGGAUCCUUGGAACAAUGCAAGUGAUAAUGGGUAGUUAGAGCAUUGUCAAUAACAUGUAGUACACAAACUUGGCCAAUUGAUGAAUAAUUUUUUGUUUUUUGAUGUGCACAUUGUUACGCAACUGAUGAGAUUGAACUGGCAUUACAAGUAGUGUAACAAUGAAUUAUACACUCGUGUAUCGGUAGGAAGUUUGUUGUACAUGCUAUCAACCCAGUUUUAGACUUGAUUUGCUAGUUAAUAUGUCUUUGGAUUUUAUAAUACUUUGUUAUUGUGUAAAAGAUUUGUAGAGUAUAUUUUUUCAUUAUGUGAUAGAUAGAUUUCAUCGUGACCAUCUAGUCUCCAAAUGUUUAUAAAAUGAGGGACCGUUCACACUUGUUCCACAUGUAUUUGUAAAUAGAAUUGAAUUAGAGCUUGUACAAUACUUCAUAAAGUCAAAUACCAAAUGUCCACUUGUUUGUGUACCUGAUAUAGACUGUGUAUCAAUGCACAUACAAGCAGACUGACUGGGCAUAUAGUACUGGUAAAUACUUCGCCGACAACUUUAUUUGACCCAUCACACAAACUAGCUAUUACUCAUAGGUGACCUUCAUUCAUUUCUUUGUUGAAAUCUCCUGUCUUUUCUUCUUUGCUGACUUUUAAAACAAGUCAGUCUUUUAUGUUAGAUUUUAUAACAUAUAAGUAUUUACAGUAGUUAGUUAUACAAUCAUUCUAGUUACUGAAAUUUUUGUUCACAAAAAGUACGCAAUACAUAUUGUUAAAUAUAUUAAAUAUUAUGUUGCUAGUCUGAAUUAUUAUAUCAUAUAUGGUGACUUUUCUAGGUUUGUUUUAUGCUACUAAUAUUCCGGUGCACUACUAAACUGUAUUAUGUCUGAUAUAUGUUUCAAUUUUGUGCUGAAAACUUAAAUGAAAAUUAAAUUCGACUUUAAAGAACUGAUUAGUAACCUGUACAAGGGAUUAGCACUGAUUUUUAUCAUUUACAUAUAUGAAAGAUAUUUUGAUGUGACCUCACAGGUUUUGUAAAAACAAGGGUUAUCAUAGAUAAAGAUAUAAAAUUAUCAGUUCAGAACAGUACCAGUAUUUGACGGAAUGGACACAGUUUGAAUUUACAGAAUUUAUUUUUUUCUUGUUUCAUGUUUCUAUUUUCCUCAUCUUUAAUGCAACAGAUUGAAAACAAAUAUCACUUAAGAUUUAUAACCCUGCAUGCUAUGUACAUUCUUCAAAAAAUGAAAAAAAAAAUCCGUCCGAAUGAAUAUUACGUAGGUUUUAGUGCAAGAUAUAUUUUCUGGUGCUGAAAUCUAUUUAAAUCUAUCAUAUUAUGAAUUGUUUUUUUUUUGUUUUAUUUUUGUUUGUUUUGGCUUUUUGACAUUUUUUGAAUGCAGUGUUGUUUAUUGAGGAAAGUUUGAGAUAAAAAGCUGUAGACUAUAAUGGUUCCUUCAGGUAAUAUGUGUCAGUGGUCAGAUUUACACAUAUUUUAGUCAGAAAGUAAGAUGUUCUUAGUCAGUAGUAGUAUUUAAAAUCUCUUAAAACUUUUCAGAAGUAGGAGAGAGCAUCGUUGAUGUAACAUGUACAUAUCAAUCACCUGCUUUAUUUUCUGUAAAUGUCAGGGUAAACACAGACUUUGCCCUCCAUUUUCAGGAAGAAGUAGCCAUAUUAUACCUGUGUAUGAGUUGUAGACUAUAUCCCUGUAGAGAGGAUGUGUUGAGAUAUAUAUUAUAUACAUGUAAUACUAUUAUGGCAGUUGUGAACAUCAUUUUUUGAGGCUUUCCUUGUAGUAACUGUUGACCAUGAAACAUGUUAUUCAGAGUACUGGAGUAAAGUAUGUUGCCCAACGACACAACUAUGGUAGUAUAUGACAAUCUGUUAUCUAAGCUUCCGGAGAAACACAAACUGACCGAUGUAGGCAUUGAAGCACACAUCUCAUAUCUUCACCAGAGGUUAUCAAGGUGUUAACCAUGACACUGUCAUUUACUAAACACAUUUUGAGAGUGGAAUUGCUAUCAUCUUCACAAUCAUUUAUUAAAGAAAUGAAAGGUAUUUGUUUAUUUAAGAAGCAAUAUUUCUGAGGACACAAGUUAAUGCACAAAUUGUUGUUCUCAUCUAUCAGAUGUUAAAAUAUUAGAAGACAUUAGAUAUGAGAAAAUUGUGAGGAUGAUGUUUAGGUUCAAGUACUUAAUAAUUUGUAGAAUAUCUUCUUAAUUUCACUAAGAGAUUUAUUGAAGACUCACGAUAGGAUGUGAUGAUAUGGUUGAGAUUUAUUAUGUGCCAAAGUUACUCAAUAAUUUAUUAAACUUGCUUCUCAACAAGCUUUAACUAGCAGUAUAAUUAGGAUGUUAUGCAUGAAUGCUUUUGAAAAUAAUAUAAAGGUGUAGAUAUCUACUUGUGCUUCUUAUCAAACACAGGUAAACGUGAUUAGUUGCGUCUAAUUGAUAAAUAUGCUAUCGAGUAAUAUUGCUUUGUCCAGUGCUGACUUGCUCUACAACUUUAAUAUUUUAAAUACUUAUUUAAGACAAUAAAUUUGUUCCCCAUUCUCUUACAAACUUUCGGUUUUACUUUAGGUUCCUUUAUUAUUAACCGAGACGUAAUUUGUGUCAGCUAUUUUGAGAUGUAACACGAUUACUGUAAAAUCAUUGAUUUUCUCUUCGAGAUUUAUUUUCUUUGAUUUUAUAAACAGCAUCGAAUAUUCAUGAAAUAAUAAACUAAUGCAAGACUUUACAGUAAACAAAGUUUUCUUAAGUGUCAGUGGUACUUACUAUACAGUUUGACUUGAUUAAAAUGUUGGAUUGAUAGGAUUUCCAAACAAGAAGAAUUUACUGUACGUUGUACAGAGGGUAUGAAAAUUAGAACAAUUAGAUUGUUUUAAAGGGUCAGAGUCCAACACAUUAUAUCACACUCUAAGAUUUCAGCAAAAGAAACUCUUAAAUAAAUAUUUCUUAAGUAGGUAACUUACUUCACUCUCAAGAUAACCUAGAAAAAUGUGCUAGUUAUUUUUUCUGUCUUUUUUAAACCAUUGACAAUCCUUAUUUUCCACAAUCAGUGCUGUUAAAUUGUACAUCCACAAUGUCUAUGUAAAUCCCUGUUUUCCUUGUGUGUUUUUUUUUAAACAUGGAGACCAGGCCCCACUUGUAUAAAACAUCUCAACUUGAGAUUUCCUCAAGUCGAGAUUUCCCUCAGCUAAUAUCUCCUUGAAAAUAUCUUGUAUGAAAAUUCCUCAAGGAAUUUCAGGACAUCCUAGCCGAGGACUUCCUCCUGUUCCUUGAGAAAAUUUUAUACAAGCCGUUUUUGAGGAGAUAUCAGCAGAGGAAAAUCUCGACUUGAAGAAACCUCAAGUUGAGAUGUUUUAUACAAGUGGGGCCAGUAUGAUUAUGUCUUGUCCACCUACUUAAUGGUGUGUUCAGUCAGAAGGAACAGAAAGCCUCUUAAAUUCAAGGUGCAGAGGUGUUGUUUUGUUUUUCUGUACAAAAAUGUAUUUUGAUUUCAAUGGUAGUUAUCAUUUAUCUGUGAAAUAUUCAGAAUAAAAUACUGAAGAUUAACUUUUUCUUCAAGUUGGUAACAGGUUUUUCGUCUCUGUGACUUAUUGUCACUAGGCCUUUUCUGACCAACAAGCAGCAAUAUUCUGACACCAUUUUUUCCUCUUAUGUGUCCAGUAUUUAAUACAUAUAAAAUAAAAACAGAAGAGAUGGAGGUAUUGCAAUAAUUGUCAUUAAAUCAGUUUGUUGAUUAUUGUAUUUGUCAUUACUUGUCAUAUAUUAUAUCGAAACAUUUUGUUGAUAUCAUAUUUUUGAAUCUCGUUUUUUAUUAUUUUUGUUUAAAUUACUAAUAAUUGACAGCGUUUCACGGUGUUUUAGAUUCAUCAUCAUAACAUAAAGUUAAAGUUACCGGUAUAUUGUUAAAUUGUAUUAUUGUCCUAUUACUAGAAUAUGUCCAUCAACUAUAUCUUUAGUCUUCACAGGGGCAUGAAAAUUCAGACUCAAAAUGUAUAUGUGCUGAUAUUUACAUAAUUAACAGAUGAGUAUAACUUUAACAUUUAGGAAAUAAAUCCUAGGUAAUCACUUGAAAUCUAUUCAUUUGAUAGUUUACAAUAAAUACUGUGUAAAUGUAAGCCAGUGCUAAAUGUUUUCAUAAUCCUGUGGCUGUGAUGGAUAUAACCUCUAGCUAUUUUCAUCCUGCUUGUUAAGGAGAAUAUAUGACAGCUUUGGUUUGAGGUUAUUUUGAUGACAGAUAAUGAUUUAUAUUUGUAAGAAUUAAUAUAAGAUUGAAAAUUGAACAUGUACCACGAUUUAUAUUCACAAUAUGUGUACAUGUUAUUACUGUGUUCAAUUGUAAACAAUUGUAAAUUGUGUUAUUUUCUUUGAAUAAAUGAUGCCACAAAG